AUGUUUAGGAAAUCAGCAGCUAAAACGUUUCAGUUCUUGGAGCAGGCAAAUGAUGAGUCUAAGAAGACACAACAAUCUUUAUAUCGACCAGCUACUAAACCUCGAAUUGUUCAACAAACAGCUACUGCAGACCAUAAAGGAAUAAAGAAAUCAAUCUCAACGCCUGGAACAACCGAUCAAUUAGUUCAACAAAUGGAUCACUCUGAGUGCAUCAGUCUAUGA